AUGGUGCGCGGAAACUCUCUUAUUGACGACUUAAAGCUUCUUAUCAAUAAUCCUCGAUAUAGUGAUAUAGAAAUUAGGUGCAAGGAUAAUUCUGUCCUUUAUGGUAACAGUGCAAUUCUUGCUGCUCGUUCCGAAGUGUUUGAGAGGAUGGUUUUUAUAGGAACAGAUGUUCCUGGCAAGCAAAUUUCGUUCUCAGAAAUCGAAUCAUCAUCAAUGAAAAUUAUUCUUGAAUAUUUGUAUACGGGAACAGUUUUGGAGAGGGACGUUACUAUCGAUAAUGUUUUCGAAGUCUUGCAUGCAGCAGAUUUCUUUCAAUUAGAAAACUUUCAAGACCUUAUUUCAGAAUAUUACAAAAAUAUGUGUGAGAAAAAAGAAUACGAAAACAAAUCGUCCGAAUCAUUAUCCAAGGUAGUUCAGUUGAUGUCCCCUUCAGCUAAUAAUGGCGUCAUUGACUAUUUAGUAGAUUCAGUGGCUAAGAUUCCUUUGGAUUCUAUUGAUUUUGGUAGAUUAUCACUUCAAGGUUUGCAAUGCUUAUUAUCAAAGAGGAAUGAAAAGAGAGCAUUUGCAUCUACCGAAUAUUCUGUUUUACGAUUUGCAAUUUUGUCGGCUGCGAAAAAAGUAUCACAAGAAGUAUUUUCUAUUCUGGAUAAAAGAUUACCACCAUGGAAAAAAGUAAUGGGAUCGCCGCUUCAAGACAUUAAAAUAGAGAAAGAAAUUAUCAAGUCAAUUUCCGAUGCUAUAAAUCCGGUUAUAGAGCAUGUUGAUUUUAGAAGGAUUGAUGGAAUGAUUCUUGCAAAAGUAAUCGAACCAUUAAAUAUUAUUCCAAGUAAUAAGAUCGUGGAAUCGUAUAGAUUUCAAGCCUGCGAAAAAUCACCAUUACCAGAAUAUUAUGGUACUCCAAUUUGUGAUAUUAAAUGGGAUAUAAACGGCCGCGGACCAAGUAUAAAUAUUAGUGAAGACGGUUACACAAUUAGCACUUCUCUAAAUAUGCAUCAAAGUGUAAGAACAAAUCAUCUUAUAUGUAAUGGAACUUAUGAGUUUCAUGUUCUGUUCGAAAAAGUUUGUCUUAAUUCUUGGGUGGGUGUUUGCGAUGAAGGCCUUGAUUUUUCUUAUUUUGCUGGAGAUCAACAAAAUGGAUGGGUUUUAGGUACGAAUGGGUGCUACCAUCAUAAUAAUCAAUCUAUUCAAGGAAUGUUAGACUUCAGGCAAGAUAAUGCAAAAAUUAUUGUGCACCUAAACAUGGAUGACAAGACAGUCGCUUUUUCAGUCAACGGUACAAGAUAUCCACCA